CAGGGGGCGUAGAUGUCGCAUCAUUAGGGUCGUGACUUGAAUGGGAUGCUCAUCUUACGCAACAAAAGGUACAUAUACCGGGGCAGAAGGCAAAGCCAUUCAGAGCCUCCUGUACCUUCCACAGUACACGGAGAUUCCGGAAGCUCAUAGUACAAGGGGAGAGAAUGGUGAUGUCCACGAAAAGUAUGGCCCAAGGCUUCAUUGGUUUUGUUCUUCUUAGUAUUGUCUGUCUGAGUAAUUCUAUAGCCGACAGCGCUCGCUACGCCAAUGCUGACUGGAAAAGAUCAGAACAAAAUCAAGGGGGAAGUCACUCCUGCGUGGCCAGACGACUGGAAGACAACAGUGAAGAAGUCUCGUGCAAGACAUUAGUCACAUUCAGACAAAAGUCGCCAGAGGAGUAUGCCAACAAAGUCAGACAAGCGGAGAACAAACUCGGGCAGUUAGAAUCACAGUAUGAUGACUGCCAACAGGAGACUGAACGCAAAGGAAGACUCAUUAGGACUCGAGCCUUGCUAACAGAUUCAAUUCAUAGGCUUGUAACUGAGGAAGAUAUUAACGCUCUUCAGAAUAGCUGGGAUCUGUUGAACUCUUCACCAGAGUUCGCAACCGAUCUGGUUAUCUGGAUGUUGGACAACAUUCCCAACAUGCGUGCUAGAUUCACCAAGUUCAAUGCUGAGCAGUCUUCUGAUGCACUUAAGAAUGAUGCAGAGUUUGUCAAGCAGGUGAAACUAAUUAAAAGUGGUCUGAACUCUUUCAUCUCAAACCUGAACAAUCCUGGACAACUUCAGGCAACAAUGGAGAGACUUGCAGAGGUUCAUCUUCGAAUGCAACCUAGCAUCGGUCUUGAAUAUUUUAAGCCAUUGCAAGAAAAAAUCGCCAGUUUCCUUGCUGAAAAACUUGGCAGUGAUGAUACUCCAAAAUCCUGGGAACGUUUACUGGCUGCCUUCAACGAGGUUCUCAAUAGCUAUACUAAUUUCAACAUUGGACUUUCAGAAGCUGACAAAGCAGCUCUUCAAAGUUCUUGGAGCAGACUUACAGCUGGAGCCAACGGAAAAAGAAAUGCUGGAGUUAGACUUGUUCUCUGGAUGUUCGACAAUGUUCCCAACAUGCGUGAAAGAUUCACCAAAUUUAAUGCAAGAGAGUCAGACGAUGCUUUGAAAAACAAUGCAGAGUUCCAGAAACAGGUGGAUGUCAUUAUAGGAGGAUUUGAGACUCUUAUCAACAACCUGAAUGAUCCAGCCCUGCUUCAAGAUCGUCUGGAAAGUUUAGCUGAAGCUCAUUUGAAUAAGAAGCCAGCCAUCGGCAAUAACUACUUUGUGCCACUCCAGAAGAAAAUUAAUUUGUUCAUUGAGACUGCACUUGGUGUCAGUUCUGACAGUGAAGAAGCCAAGGCCUGGUCAAAUUUGGUGGGUGCAUUGAACAGAGUCAUCAAAGAUCAGGCUAUCAAUGCAUUUGGCCUUACAAACUUAGACAGGGAGUCACUGGUCUCUUCAUGGAAUCAACUUAAAGCUCGUGCUGGCGGAAGUCAGAAUGCUGGAACUAAUCUUGUACUUUGGAUGCUUGAGAAUGUCCCCAAUAUGCGUAGCAGGUUUAACAAGUUCAACGCACGCCAGUCAGAUGACAACCUGAAGAAAGACGCUGAGUUCAGGAGACAGGUGUCUCUCAUCACUGGUGGUCUCGAGUCUUUGAUCAACAAUCUCAACAACCCUGAUAGACUCCAUGACACUUUCGAAAGACUAGCCGAUGCCCAUUUGAACUUGAAACCAAGAGUUGGCCUUGAAUACUUCGGGCCCCUGCAACAGAGCAUCAAUGUCUACAUUGAGAAAUCUCUUGGUGUCUCAUCUGACAGCGCGGUCUCUAGAUCCUGGACAAGUCUUAUCACUGCUUUCAAUAACUUCCUGAGAGAUAGAACUGCCUUAAGGAUUGUUUCCGACGACGACAAAAAGGCGCUACAGAGCUCAUGGAACAGACUAACAAGUCAAGCUGGAAGCAGCCAGAAUGCGGGAAUCAACCUUGUACUUUGGAUGUUGGACAAUGUUCCCAACAUGCGUGACAGAUUCACCAAGUUCAACGCUCACUCUUCUGAUGAGGCACUGAGGAAAGAUACCGAGUUCCUUAAACAAGUGAAUGUCAUAACAGGAGGUCUCGAGUCUCUGAUUAACAACGUCAACGACGCUGAUCAACUCAAAGCAGCUAUUGAAAGACUGGUGGAAGUUCAUCUGCACAUGACACCAAGUGUUGGUCUGGAAUAUUUCGGACCACUCCAACAGAACAUCAGAUUUUACAUUCAGAGUGCCCUUGGAGUCGCGUCUGACAGUGUUGAAGCCAGAGCCUGGUCACGUGCGCUUCAAGUUUUUAAUGAAUUCCUUGCUGACCGAACAAUUCAGAAGAUUGGACUUUCAGCUACAGAUAGGAAACUUCUGGCUUCAUCUUGGAAGCAGUUGAAAGGAAAUGGCAAUGAUCUUGUAUUCUGGAUGCUUAACAAUGUUCCUAACAUGCGGGGACAGUUUUCCAAAUUCAAUGCUUUCCAAUCUGAUGAAGAUCUCCAAAAGGAUGCCGAAUUUAUUAAUCAGAGGAACAACAUUAUUAGAGGUCUGGAUUCCUUGAUAAACAGCCUGGACAAACCAGGUCAGCUUCAGAAGACACUUGAGAACCUUGCUGAUUUCCAUUUGGAUAAGAAACCAAGAGUCGGACUAGAAUUUUUUGGUCCACUACAAAAGUAUUCACACCUCUAUAUUGAGAGCACUCUUAAUGUAGCUCCAGGAAGUGCUGAAGCCAGAGCCUGGACCAACUUACUCACUGCUUUGAAUAAUGUCAUUAGAGACCAUGCUAUUGAAAGACUUGGUCUCACUGCCAAUGACAGAAAAGCUCUUGACAGUUCCUGGAAAAAACUCAGAUCAGGAGCUGGUGGCAGAAAGAAUGCUGGAGUCAAGCUUGUUCUCUGGAUGCUGUCCAACGUUCCUAACAUGCGCAGCCAGUUCAGCAAAUUUGAUGCUAAUCAGCCAGACUCCGUCCUGAAAGAAAAUACUGAGUUUCUGAACCAGGUGGACCGUAUUCUUGGGGGCAUUGAGUCAUUGGUCAAUACAGUCAAUGAUCCUGUUGCACUUAAAGCAGCCAUUGAUAAACUGGCUGAUGCUCAUUUGAGCAUGCCAUCUAGGAUUGGUCUUGACUUUUUCGGACCACUCCAACAAAACAUUGCUCAGUACAUCCAACAAGAACUUGGUGUUAGUGCUGACAGUGAUGAGUCAAAGGCCUGGCCAGAUUUAUUUGCUGCCUACAACCUUGUCCUUAAAGAACGUACUGUACUGAAAAUUAUUUCUGACAAUGAAAAAGUUGCACUCAAGAGUUCUUGGAAAGCACUUGUUGAUGCUGCUGGAAGCCAAGAAGGUGCUGCAGUCAAUCUGGUUCUCUGGAUGUUUAAAAAUAUACCCAAAAUGCCUGAAAGAUUCACAAAAUUCAAUGGUCUACAAUCUGAUGAUGACCUUAGAAAAGACACUGAGUUUAUCAAGCAAGCAAAUGAUAUUGCUGGUGGUCUUGUUUCUUUGGUCAACAACAUUGACAUCCCAGGCAAACUCCAGGCAGCUAUUGACAGACUAGUUGAUGUUCAUUUAAAUAUGAGACCAAGUGUUGGACUGGAAUAUUUUGGGCCACUAGAAGAGAAAAUAGCUCAAUACCUGGUUAGUGCUCUGGGUGUCACUGAAGACAGUAAUGAAGCUAAAUCAUGGACACAUUUAUUAAAUGCUUUCAACACAGUCCUCAGAGAAGAUUCCUUACAAAAAAUUGGCCUCUCUGCUGUUGAUAGGAAAUCUCUUGAGAGCUCAUGGAACAAACUUGCAGAUGUUGCUGGAGGAAAGGACAAAGCUGGCACAAACCUUGUUCUCUGGUUGUUGGACAAUAUUGCCAAAAUGAGAGAGCGAUUCACUAAAUUCAACGCUUUUCAGUCAGAUGAUGCCUUGAGAGCUGAUCAAGAAUUUGUAAACCAAGUACAAAGAAUUACUCAGGGAAUUGAUUCUCUCGUUGACAAUGUCAACAACCCAGCAGGUUUACAAUCUGGUAUUGAGAGAUUGGUUGAUGCUCAUUUGAACAUGCAGCCCAGCAUUGGCCUUGCUUAUUUUGGGUCUGUCCAACAAUACAUCCAUCUGUAUGUUGCCAAAACUCUUGGUGUGGCUGCCAACAGUGAUGAAGCUACAUCCUGGACCAACCUUUGGGCUGCUUUCAAUAAAGUUCUCAAAGAGCAUUCUCUAGAAAAACUUGGAAUCACUGACAAUGAAAGAAAAAUUCUGGUUAGUUCUUGGAAAAGAUUGACAACUGAAGCCAAUGGUCAGCAAAAUCUCGGAGUCAAACUAGUUCUCUGGAUGUUGGACAAUGUGCCCAAUAUGCGUGACCAAUUCACAAAGUUCAAUGCACGCCAAUCCAAUGAUGAUUUGAAGAGAGAUGCUGGCUUUCUGAAACAAGUUAAGAAAAUUAUUGGAGGCUUGGGCUCCUUGGUGGACAGUUUGAAUGAUCCUGGACAACUUCAGGCUAACUUGGAGAGAUUAGCUGGGGUACAUUUGAAUUUCAUCCCAAGUGUCGGUGUUGAAUUUUUUGAGCCUUUAGAAAGUCAAAUUGGUUCCUUCAUUGAACAAACUCUUCGUGUGGAUAGUAAUAGUGCCGAGUCUAAGGCCUGGACAAGACUCAUUGGUGCCUUUAACAGAGUUCUUAAGGAACAAGCCCUCCAACAGAUUGGUAUCUCUGACAGUGACAGAAAAGCACUUGCCAGUUCCUGGAAGCUAUUGACUGCUGGUGAAGAUGGUGUCCAAAAGGCUGGAAUUAGUUUGGUACUUUGGAUGUUCAACAAUGUGCCCAACAUGCGCCAAAGAUUCACAAAGUUUAAUGCAAACCAGCCAGAUGAUGUUCUGAAAGCUGACCCUGAAUUCCUAAAACAGGUGGAUGUCAUCAUUGGUGGCCUCAAGUCUUUCUUGGAUACUGUUGAUGAUCCAAUUGGACUGCAGACCAACAUGGAUAGAGUUGCUGAAGCUCACUUAAGUAUGGAGCCAACUGUUGGUGUCACCUACUUUAAGGCACUUGCUCAGAAGAUUGAUGCUUUCAUUGAAAAAUCUCUUGGUGUUGCCCAGGAUAGUGAUGAGUCCCAAGCAUGGACAAACUUGCUAACUGCUUUCAAGAGAAUCCUUAGAAACCGUAAAGUACUUAGAAGCAUUUCUGACAACAAUAAAUCAGACUUGACAGCUUCCUGGAACAGACUUGUUGAAAAAGCUGGCAGCAGACAAAAUGCUGGAGUCAAUCUGGUUCUUUGGAUGUUAGACAAUGUGCCAAACAUGCGCAAUAAAUUUACAAAGUUCAAUGCCAACCAGCCUGACGAUGUCUUAAGAAACAAUGCUGAGUUCCUCAAUCAGGUAAACCUUAUUGCUGGAGGUCUGGAGUCAUUGGUCAAGAAUGUGAACAACCCUGGACGUCUCCUUGAUGCUCUAGAAAGACUUAGUUCUGCUCACUUGAACAUGCAGCCAAGUGUUGGCCUGGAAUAUUUCCAGCCACUACAACAAAAGAUUGCCAGCUACAUUGCCAAUGCUCUUGGAGUGGCUGUAGACAGUGAUAAAGCUAAGGCAUGGUCCAAUGUAUUGGGUGCUUUUAAUACAAUCCUUGAAUUUAGUUCAGUUGAGAAAAUUGGUCUUUCAGACUCUGACAAAGAUGCUUUGGUCAGUUCCUGGAACACAUUGACAGUUUCAGGUCUAGAAAAAGCUGGAGUUGAUUUGGUUUUAUGGAUGUUUGAAAAUAUUCCAAACAUGAGAAGAAGAUUCACCAAGUUUGAUGCCACCCAGUCUAAUGACAAUCUUAAAAAUGAUGCUGAAUUCAUUGCCCAAUCCAACCGCAUUGUGGGAGGACUCGACUCUCUGGUUAAAAGUGUCAACCAACCUGGUGAACUCCAGGCCAACCUCGAGAAACUUGUGGAUGUUCACUUGCACCUUGUACCAAGUGUUGGUUUGGAAUAUUUUGAACCUCUCCAACAAUACAUUCAUCUGUAUAUUGAGAAAUCUCUUGGAGUAAGCUCAAACAGUGUUGAAGCCAAGGCCUGGCCUGGCUUGAUUCGUGCUUUCAACAAAGUUCUCAGGGAACAUUCAGUCAAGAAAAUUGGACUUUCAGAUUCAGACAGAAAAUCUAUAGUUAGCUCAUGGAAAAAACUUGCAAGCAGAGCUGGUAGCAAACUGAAUGCUGGUAUUAACCUUGUUCUUUGGAUGUUGAAAAAUGUCCCCAAGGCACGUGAAAGAUUUACAAAAUUCAAUGCUUUCCAACCUGAUGUCGCGUUGGUUAAAGACAAAGGUUUUAUUGACCAAGUCAAUGCCAUUGCUAGCGGACUAGAGAGUCUGGUCAACAAUGUAGAAAACCCUGGUCAGUUCCAGGCUGCCUUAGAGAGACUGUCCACCCUUCACAAGAACAAGACACCUAGCAUUGGACUUGAAUACUUUGGACCAUUCCAAAAAUACAUUCAUCUCUAUAUUGAAAAAAGUCUGAAUGUUGAGCCUGACAGCCAAGAACCUAGAGCUUGGUCUAAUAUGUUUGCUUCCUUCAACGAAGUUCUCAAACAGUCAUAAUUCUUAUGCAAUCACUAGAUCAUGAUUUGUAUUUUAAAUAUCUUAACCCUGUUGUUUCUUAUAGACUGUCUGUGAUCUCUAGUCAAUUACUUCUUUUUUUAACCAUUCAUUUUAAGUUGAAAAUGAAAAAUUGUACCAAUGACUUGUAUUUAUUCUUUUGAAGUGUUGCAAAUAUGUUAGUAUUUCUGUCUCUCUUGUCUGUAUAACUGACUAUUUGUAUUUAGUUUUAUACAUAUGAAUGUUAUCUUCAAAGUCAGGACAUUCUGACAUUUAGUACUCUUAUGUUAUGGUCUGGAUUUUGAGGGGGGGGGGGGAAGGAGACUUUUUUCCUCUUCGUGAAGUUUGUCAUGUUUGUAUGUCCACCACUUGCUGGUAGUGUAGUCACUGGAAACAGCAAAUAUCUAGCUAGUACUCACUGAACUAGAUGGCUACUAUCUGAAAUUAGCUAAUAUCUAGAACGUUUUAAAUAAUUUACUGGAACUAGGUAGUCACUGUCUGGGAUUGUCUUGUUCUGUCUAAAACUAGUUAGUUGCUGUCUGGGUCUAGUAAGCCUAUUUUGGAAACUAAAAAUAGUCACUUCUGGAACUAAAGUAGUCACUGUCUGGAGCAAUUUAGUCACUUCUGCAACUAAUAAGUCACUGUCUGGAAUUAGUUAGCUCUGUUGUUCUUCACAUUUCAUUCAGUGUUUUUUACCAUCCCUAUGAUGCAUUCCAGUAAUAAAAAAGUUUAUUCAACUUUAAAAAUGUAUCGCAUUAAAGGUGGAUAAGAUAGACAGGAAACUGAAUAUUUGCACACAGUCAAAAUUGUGUAUUGUAUUUUGUUAUUGGGAAAAUCAAAAUGUGAAUUAAACAGGAUGCUUUGAAAUCUA